AUGACCUUGGCUGAGAAGGAAUUAAGUAAUACUACCAAUGAGAAACAACAACUUGAUUUACCAGCUGAAAUAGCUGAGUUAAGUAAACUAUCUGCUAAACUCGAAAACCCUCUUGCUGGUUUAUCCAUUGAAGAAUUAGAAGCAUCUGCCGUUGAAUUUUGUGAAAAGAAUGGUUUACUUGAUCAAGUCGAUAAUUUCAAACGUGGAGCUGUAUUGGCUGCCGACCCAAAAAAUUUGGAUCGGAUUUCACAUAUCACUGAUGAAGAGCGUCAAUUUAUCGAUGCUGAGACUACCCAUAAAUGGAGACAGCCUAUGAUCAUGUAUUAUAUUGCUGUGAUUUCAUCCAUGGCAGCUAUUGUACAAGGAAUGGAUGAAUCCGUAGUAAAUGGUGCUAUGUUAUACUAUGAUGAGGAAUUUGGAAUUGCUUCAGAUGGUAGCAAUAAAACCGCUCUGAUUCAAGGUUUAGUGAAUAGUGCUCCUUAUCUAUGUUGUGCUGUCUUUGCUUGUUGGUUAACGGAUCCAUUGAAUCGUUUAAUGGGAAGACGUGGGGUGAUCUUUCUGUCUUGCGCUAUUGCUGGAUUAGCUUCAAUUUGGGAAGCUUUUACAUACUCUUGGCCUCAACUCUUUGCUGCUCGAUUAGUAUUGGGUUUGGGUAUUGGUCCUAAGUCUGCUACUGCUCCUAUUUAUACGGCCGAAUGUGCACCCGCACCUAUCCGUGGAGCUUUGGUAAUGCAAUGGCAAAUGUGGACCGCUUUUGGAAUCGCAUUAGGAGAUAUUGUUAGCGUGAUCUUCAUCGAUGUGAAACCUACUGUAGCUUGGAGAUUAAUGUUAGGAUCCACAGUAGUUGCACCAAUCUUCGUUUGUGCCAUGAUCUACUAUGCACCAGAAUCACCACGUUGGUAUAUGGGUAAAGGAAGAGUUUCAGAAGCUUAUAAAUCGAUGAGAAGACUUAGGUUUUGUGAUUUACAAGCCAGUCGAGAUUUAUUUUAUAUUGCUAAAUUACUUGAAAUCGAAGAAGAGACUAUACAAGGUCGAAAUUUAGUUGCUGAUAUGUGGAGAGUACCUAGAGUCCGUAGAGCAGCUUAUGCAUCAGGUUUGGUGAUGUUCAUGCAGCAGUUCUGUGGUGUCAACGUGAUCGCAUAUUACAGUUCACAAGUUUUCGUUCAAGCUGGAUUCAGUGUAAAGACUGCUUUACUUACUACUAUGGGUACUGGUAUCACCAAUUGGCUCUUUGCAAUCCCAGCUCUCUAUACUAUCGAUACUUUUGGACGUAGAAAUCUACUUUUAGCUACUUUCCCGGCUAUGGCUGUUUGUCUUUUAGUGACCGGUAUGGCAUUCUUCAUUCCAUUUGAUGGGCCUGGUGAUUCUCGUCGAGCUGGUGUGGUCGCUACUGCGAUUUACCUCUUUAUGGUCUUCUAUAGUCCUGGUGCUGGGCCUGUACCGUUCACUUAUAGUGCUGAGGCUUUCCCGCUCUAUAUUCGUGAUUUCGGAAUGUCAUAUGCUACUGCAGUCACUUGGUUGUUCAAUUUUGUCUUGGCUAUCACUUUCCCAUUAUUAUUGAAUGCUUUCACUCCACAAGGUGCCUUUGGUUGGUAUGCUGGUUGGUGUAUCAUCGGAUGGGUCUUGGUCUUUUUCUUCAUGCCUGAGACGAAAGCUCUAACACUUGAAGAAUUAGAUUAUGUCUUCUCUGUUCCAACUACGAGACAUGCUUCCUACCAAAUUAAGAACCUUUCUUAUUGGAUUAAGAAGAACAUAUUCCGUCAAAGAGUUCAACCUUUACCUCCUCUGUGCGUUUUAAUUCAUGUUUAG